ACAGGUCUUCUGUUGUACCGUGAAAUCAUUCUCCACUUGUCUCCGCUUUAUCGGCUCAAGCCCUGGUCUCUCAUCCUUGCCUCCACGUCCUGGACUCGCUGGGAACUGUACAGAGGGAGGUCCAACAUCUCCACUAGUCCGCAGAUAAACGCCCUUAGAGCAGUGGGAGCUGGACGAGGCUUUGGCUACAUAUGCUAUAUGCUAAUAGGUACAUAUGCUAACGUUGCUUCUAACUGUUCGCAGGAUGCUAUAAGCUAGCUAUCGUUGCAUGGAUAGACAGAUAAAACAUCAGCAAGGCACGAACGGCAUUGUACAUUUAGUAAUUAGCAUCCUGUGUGGUCCAGAAGCUGCUGAUCAAUUACGUUUACAUUUUAAAAUAUAACGUUAGUAAAGCGAGCUAUCGCCACCUCAGAGGAAAUUCGUGCUAACGCUAGCAUCAGCAACAACAAUAAUAAUAAGGCUGUCAUGGAUACGCAGCUCCGUUGUCUCACGGGAAAUAGAUUUCGGACUACCUACAAAAUAGCUGUAGGAUUAUCAGCCAUUUCACCACAACUCCCAGCAUGCAUUGCGCAGCGUGAUUGCGUCCCUGAAAUGUAGUCGCUUGCCGUUGGUGAAUUCGACUGAACUAAAAAUGCGAAUUAUGUAAUGAAUCAUGACAUUUUUAUGAAAUUCAGUAGUAAUCUGUUUUAUUUAGGAUGUACAGCCAUUAUUUAUUAUUAUAUUUAUUGGUACAACAGUGAAAAUAAGUAAAUAUAAAACGUAGGAACUGUUAUUUGUUGCACCAUUGUGGAAGUCGAGUGGAAUUGGCAGUAGGACCUAAACAGUGACAGAUGGCGUGCUAGCAACGUUCGUAGAAAUGAGAAAAGUUUAAUUUCUCUCCUGCAUUGACAUCCCUCUGUCCUACCAUCUCACAUUUAUAAACAGAACAAGUCAGUCAUUGAAAAACUACGAUGGACGGCCUGCAGAGGAGAGUGAUUCAGGAAGACAUGGUUCAGUACAAACUGUUCUUGCUCCAGACAGACGGUCCAGCUUCACAGCAGACUGAGGAGCAUCUCACACGUCUGGUAGAGGAGAUUCUGGCGAAGGUCGCCUCACUCCUGAUACAAUACAUCUGGCAGCAUCAGUCAUUCAACCUCAAGUUUCAUUCUGAGAAAGGUGGUGUACCUGCUCACAUUGGAGGGAGCACUCAGUUUGGGGACAACGUGGAGGACGAGUGGUUUGUUGUUUAUCUCUUGCAGCAAAUCACAGAGGCCUUCCCAGAGCUCAUAGCCAGGGUUGAGGACAACGAUGGAGAGUUUCUUCUGAUUGAAGCAGCAGAUUAUCUUCCCAAGUGGCUGAGUCCAGACACCAGUGAAAACAGGGUCUUCCUCUAUAGGGGAGAGUUGCAUAUUCUGCCCUGUCCCUCCAAAUCCAGUCCAGUGGGGGUCUCGAAAGAUGUGGUACCAAGUGUGACACAAGCUAUAGUACUGCUCUCCACCCACCCAGGGGCCUGCAGGGCAAGCCCCAAGAUAUGUUCAGCCCUGAGGAAGCGAUUAGAGGGGUACCCAGAGAAGAUAAGAGCUGGCCUCCAGCGUGCCCACUGCUUCAUACCUUCAGCUAUCGCCAUGGUGUUGGCACAACGACCAGACCUGGUCGCCCCUGCAGUGUCGGCGUUCUACCUGCGGGAUCCAAUAGAUCUGCAGGCGUGUCGAAGUUUCAAGACCUUUCCUCCCGACACAAGAGUCCUCACCUCGGUGACAUUCAACCGUUGCCUGUACGCCCAGUUGCAGCAGCAGCAGUUCAUUCCAGACAGGAGGAGCGGCUUCACCCUGCCUCCUCACUCUCACCCCCAGUACAAAUCCCACGAGCUCGGCAUGAAACUGGCCCAUGGCUUUGAGAUCCUGUGCUCUAAGUGCAGGCUGCCAUCAUCAGAGCCGGAUGCCCCCGUCAGUUGUAACCCUCAGUGGAAAGGCUUCAUGGACAGUCUGAAAAGCAACAACUACUUCCGGGAAGAACUGGAAGGUUCGGCUCAUUACAGAGAACUGACGAGAUCUGCGGAAAACUUCUUCAAACAGUCCGUCGCCUCAAAAUCAAGUGCUUUGUCCCCGGGUGAGGAGGUUCUCCAGCUGUUGCACAGCUGCGGUCCGAUCGACUUGGAGGAGCUGAAGAAACAAGAGUCACAGCUCCCCCAAGAGGACAGUGACAGCUGGCUGGAUAUCACAACUCAGGAUUUGGAGCGCAUGUUGCAGGAGAGGAGUGGGGGGAGAGCUGAUGUUGGCAGCCAAAACUCCAGUUCUACCAAACAGGGGAAACAGCAUGUCGGGGGUGCUGAGGAGAGGAGAAAGGAGACGGAGGAUGAGGAGAAGGAAGAGGAGGCCGGUUACAGCCUGGUAGCAGUCAGUCAAGGGAUGAAGAACUUCCUCAACGCCAUGUCGUCGCAUGAGGGGGCUGAACUUCCCUGGAGCAGUUCGACUCAGCCUUUUAGUUUUGAGCCUGACUCCAUGGCCAGCGCACUGGACAGACUACUCGGAAGCAAAGAAGAAGAGCUAGAUUCAGAUGAUCUAGAUGAUGAUGAUGAUGAUGAUGAAGAAGCCGGUGAUGAGGAGGAGGAGGAGGAGGAGGAAGAGAAAGAAGGUCACACAGAGAUGAACGGGACAGAAACUUUGGACGGUCUCAGAAAAUACAUGGAUGAAAUGGAUCAGGAGCUGAUGAGCACUAAUAUAGGACAAAGCUUCAACCUGACGAAUUACAACAAGGCGGGCUCGGACAAUGGCUCCCCUCAUUCCUCUGCUUCUGUCCAUGGAGGGGAGAGAGAAGAGGAAGAGGAGGAGAUCCAGCCUCUGGACGUCGACCUGAAUCUGCUCACAAACCUGCUGGAGUCCCUCAGCUGCCAGUCGGGGCUGGCCGGACCGGCUUCUAACCUGCUGCAGAGUCUCGGUAUACACCUACCGCCCAACUCUGACCCCUCAUAAAGGACAAGACUCGGGUACUGAAACACGCAGCAAGGAUUAGCAUCUGCAGCUGACGGGCUUCCCUUAAGUAGUUAGCUGAAUGCCUUCAUUCGCAUUGACAAUACAGAGCACUCAUGGAUGUCGAGGAUGUCCCGUAGAGCUUUUAUUGAAAGCAAACAUUCAAUGUUUCUCACUGGAACUUAAUGUGCGCACUGUAAAACGGCAUUCUUUAGGAAUGAAAACCAAGUUGGGUCAUAAAACAACAGCAACAAUAUUUUUGACUGUGUUUAAACCUGCAUUGUUUGUAGUUUACAGUUGUUAUAACAUUAUGUUGCCAUAAAUCUUUAUGUGGAGUUUUAAUUGACGUUCCUUAAUCGAAAAAAACUAAGUCUCUGACCGUCUUGAUUUAGUAUUUAGUUGUGAAAUAAUUUGGGGAACAGCGCAUACCAUCGAACUUCAGCGUCUCCAGUUCGAUCCCAGCCGUGGGACCUUAGUAGGGUGUUAGAUUCUCUCUCUCCAAUUACCUCCAUCACAUAACGGUGAAGAAUGGCCAACAAAUCAUCUUAAAAAAUAAUAAUAAUUUGGAGAAUGCACAUUUGAGCUUUGAAGGAUGAAGCAGAACUCUACCUACAGAAAAGUGAUCUCAGCAAGUAAUGACGUUUCUAUUGAAUCCGGUUUAUAGAGGAUUUUUAAUACGUGCAGUUUUGUGUAAUGUUGUGUCCUUUUUUUUUUUUUUUGAGAGCACUUGCAUUUGGCUGUUAGAAACAAUAAAUAUUUUUGGAAAUAAA